CCAACCAUUUGGACAGAGCGCAAAAAGRUAGGCUGUAGCAGCCCAUAUCGCGGGGCGACAACCUGAGGCUUGAAGUGUGAAAGCCGGGCGUUUUGUGCUAGGCUACAAGAGAAGUCAUUUAAAAACCGUGGGGAAUAACAACACGGGCACCACGGUAGCAUCUGUUAAUGGGAUUUGAGACAAGCUCAUUGUGAUCAUGUGCGACGCUCGACGGUGCCGCAACCUCUAUUCGGUUUACAGGUAAAAUUUGAGGGUGCUGAAAUGAUCCCCAAGUCAAGAAAAUCUUCAGACACAAGAAAGGCAGUCAGCAUCCAGGAGAUUGCUGCUCUGGCCAGAUCCUCUUUAAAUGGCAUAUCCCAGGCGAUGAAGGACCAYGUGACCAAGCCCACGUCCCUGCAGGGUGGCAGGGUYGCCCACCUCAUAGAGUGGAAGGGUUGGCCCAAACCCACAGACUCCCCCACGGACCCCCUCCACACACAUUUCAACUCCUACUGCCACCUCACUGAGGGAGAACAGGAGGCGCGCUUCGCUGCAGGAGUGGCAGAGCAGUUUGCUAUCGCUGAGGCAAAGCUGAAAGCCUGGGCUUCUGUGGAUGAUGAUGAGGAAGAAGCUGACAAAGAGUUCCUCCAGAACAACAGAAACACACUCACACUCUCUACCCGCUCAGACACCGCAAUGUCCAAUCACRAGCCCCGAGUGUCAUUCCAGGCUGAGAUUGGCAGCGUUAAAGUUCCACCCUYUAUCAGCUCAACCAUUCCCGUUGGCUCUAGCAGCAACAGCCUGCACUGUGAUAAGCCCACAUCUCAGAAUGACCCAGCUCCACAGCAAAAUGACCGGCCUAUUCUAGAGAGUGACCGGGCUAGCCCAUUCCACAGAGAGGGGGAACUAGUGGAUGGUGAGGAUCAGCCUGUACCACAGCUAGAGACCGGUGGGGGUGUCUGUAUCGUCCACAAGCCUGACUUGAUGCCGAGGGUCAGAAGCAGUAGGUUUGACUCCUGCUAUUCAACCUCUCACUCUGAGUCUCUUGGAGAGGAGGAAGCGGAAGAGGAAGACGAAGAAGGGAGUGUGUUUCAGGAAGGUAGAGUGUGGCACUCCUGCCAGAGCCAGAGAAGCUUCUUCUCCGACAGAGGCUCGUCGGGAGUGGCGUCAUUCGAUGAGGAAGAGUAGGAGGUGGAGAAGGAGGUUGGAGGAGGAGGAGGAGAAAAGAGGGAGCAUUGGAUGUUGUGUUUUUUCAUCUUGUAGGUGUUCCCCUUGGAUAGUCUGUCGACUCUUAGAUAUGUAACUUAGUGAUGGCUAGCCUUUACUCAUCUUCCAUCCUUCUUUCCUUCCUUCCUCCUGUUUCUCUUUCUUUCCUCCAAUUCUUCCUUCCUUCCUUUUCUCGGCUUGUCUCUCCCUGCUUCCUCUACCCUGCACCCUGUUUGUUCUCUUUCUCUUCUUUUUCACUUCCUUGCCAUUUCUUUGCUGAUGUUACGCUGUAUUUGAGAGUUGAAAAUCGAUUCCCGAAUACUGUGCUGUUCAAACGGAGAGGUUUUAUGUUGUUAUUUCACUGGUUUUCUAUGGAUUGUUAUUGUAGUGUUUUCCCAGGACCAUGAUGUGAAGUCAAGUAAUGGGGUUUGUCCUGGAUGAAUAAAACGUGAUUUAAAAAAAAAAAUAUUUUCACCAUUUGAUCAUUUUACCCAUCUCUGAUAUGAGACAAGAAGGAAAAGAACCCCCCCCCCCAC